AUGGGUUCGAUCGCCGGGACCACGGUGGGCGUCUUCUCGGGUUAUUGCUCCGUGGGGUUCCCCUCUUUUGAUGCGGAUCCCGAAGCAGCUUUCAGGAUGUCCGAGGAUCAACAAUCGCUGAUGGCCUUGGGUCAGAGGAGCCCGAUUCACUUUGCUUUCGCGCUCCAGUUUCGACUUCUCCCCAGUGAGGCUUUUGAUUGUGAUCAAAGCACUUACCAAAGAAUCGUCGUCAGCAUGGUGUUCAAGCACCUGCACUCGUCACCGGGCUUCUCCAAACAGAUGGGAUGCUCGUUGAUGGGUUCGAUCGCCGGGACCACGGUGGGCGUCUUCUCGGGUUAUUGCUCCGUGGGGUUCCCCUCUUUUGAUGCGGAUCCCGAAGCAGCUUUCAGGAUGUCCGAGGAUCAACAAUCGCUGAUGGCGAGCAUCCCGCCGAUCGGAGGCAUCUUGGGGGCAUUGUGCUCCGUUCUCCUCCUGCGGCGGAUAGGCCGGAAGCAACUGUUGCACUGGUUCCAGCUUCCUAUCCUCUUGUCCUGGCUAUUCAUUGCCUUUGGCAAGUCGUACCCAUCCUUUCUGGCUGCUGCCGUGGCCCAGGGGCUCUGCGUCGGCGUCUUGAUGCCCGCGGGGCAAAUCUACCUCGGGGAGAUCGCUAGUCCGCAAAUCCGGGGCUUCAUCGCCGGCUCGACCAUGCUUUGGCAGGUAUUUUACAACCUCGUGAACUACAUCAUGGGAUCCGUGUUGACCUGGAAGGGACUCGCUUUAUUCAACGCCGGCCUACAUUUGCUUUAUUUUGUUGGAUCAGCAUUCGCAAUCGAGUCACCGGUUUGGCACAUGUCCCGGGGUGAAUCAGAGGAUGCAAACAGAUGCAUGAGGUCACUGGGCAGAGAGAAGGAGCAAACCCUCGACACCCUGGCUCUACCCCCGUCACCACCACCACCACCACCACCGCCACCACCCUCCGACAUGCAACCCGACUCCCAUCAGAAACCACCGUCUGGCAGCACGGUGGACUUUUCCUCUUGGCUCCUGCUCAUGAGGAAAGAAAACUUCGCACCUGUCCUUCUCCUGACUGUUCUCGCCAUCAUGCGUCAGUUCACCGGCGCCUUCGCCGUCAUCUCCUACACAGUCGCCAUUUUCAAGUCCAGCGGCGGCGGUCUGUCCCCCUACGCGUCCACCAUCGUCAUCGGCGUCGUGCAACUCAUCUUCGUCGUCCUUUUCAACGUCACCACGGACAAAUUGGGUCGGAAACGACUCAUUGUCGGGUCCGGGGCCGUCAUGUCAGUCUCCUUGGCCGUGUUCGCCAUCCAUUUGUACUUGACGGACGCCGGAAUACUGGCCAGGGGUUCCUGGGUCCCACUGGCGACCAUGGUCGUCUGCAUCGCCGGGUUCUCCUUCGGGAUCUCUCCGUCGCUGUUUGUGCUCAUGAGCGAACUCAUGCCGAAGGAGGUAAAGAAUGUGGCUUCUGGGAUCGUGGCGAUCGCCAACAAUGUGUCCAACUUCGUCAUGCUCAAGACGUAUUAUCUCAUGCGGAACCGGAUGACGAACGCGGGGCUUUUCGGGUUCUACGGUGCGGUUUCCUUCAUCCUGACCCUGGUUUGCGCCUUUUGCAUUCCGGAAAUCAGGAGAAAAAAGGUGGAGGACUCGGUCCCGAAUGCCGUUGUCGUGGUGGAAGACAUUACGCUGAAGCAGGUCGAAGCCAAGAUGAAUAAAAUGGGAGACAUGGACCACGUACAGCAACCUGAAAUUUUCACUGUGAGGAAAAUCGAGGAAUGAUUCCAGUUUGUUUGUUUGUUUUUUUUUUUUCCUCGUCAAACCGCUGGAAUGAGAGUGAUCAUAUUGUAAGUGUUUGUUCAAAUGUGUGCUGCACAAAAAUAAAUUGCAGGUAUUUUUCUUA